GCCCAACAAGGCUUACAAGCUGAAAAUAUCAGCAUAAUGUAAGCCCUUGAUUCUGGAAGAUAACAUACCACAAUGUCUCAGGCAAGAAGCCUGCCCCAGAGUAAAGAGGCCCUCCUAAAGUCUUACAACAAAAAGCUUAAGGAUAACAUCCAAUCGAUGCUUGUCAAUUUUGAGGAGAUUAUCAAACUAGCCAGAAUGGAUGAAGAUUCUCAGAUAUCUAAAUACACACAAACAGAGGAAGAUCAAUAUGAAAUGCAAGUCCGAGCAGCCAAUAUAGUGAGAGCAGGAGAAUCUCUGAUGAAGUCUGUGUCUGAUCUUAAACAGUUUAUGAUUCUGAAUGACUUUCCUUCUGUGAAUGAGUCGAUCAUCAGGAACGCCAAGAACUGCAAAUCUCUACAGCAGGACCUUGAUAACAAACUCACCUCACUCAGGGACGAAAUGGCCAUCGACUUGUUCGAGCUGGAAGAUGAAUAUUACUCAUCUGCCUUCAAAUGAACCUGUAUAACUUAUGAAAUAUGUAUACAAUGUAUUUUUUUGAAAGGACCAUCUGUAGUGACCCUUAAUAUGUUUGUGUAUCAUGUGGGACUAUUUGUGAGUAGAACAAAGAUUCCAAUUGCUAAUAAGAUUGAUGAAAGAUGGAAAAAGUUAGAAUAAACCUGUUCACAAA